CACCGGCUACAUCCCAUGCCACAUGCUUUGUUUACUGCACUGUUGAUGGAGCGCCGAUGUAGAUCGUGCGAUGAAGAUGGAUAAUAUUGUUUGCAGAGAAUCUUAUAGUUCUCGGUCCCGUCCCCUGAGGUACCUUGGGAGGAGUGAUGGAUCUAUUGAAAUUUCUUCUGACAGGGGUGGAAAUCGAGCAUUUGUUUCACUUGCUCAAAUGUUUAGGACGGUGUUUCUGCCCCAAGGCUACCCAGAGAGUGUCAGUGAAGAUUAUUUGGAGUAUCAGAUAUGGGACACGAUUCAAGCUUUCUGUAGUAGUAUCACCGGUACCCUGGCAACCCAGGCCAUGCUGAAGGGAGUAGGCGUGGGUGAUUCAACGGCCACAGCAGCAGCAGCAACCAUAACCUGGCUGUUGAAAGACGGCACUGGAAUGUGUGGCAGAAUUCUCUUUGCAUGGUACCAGGGGUCAAGUCUCGACUGUGAUGCUAAAAGAUGGAGGUUAUUUGCCGACAUCCUGAAUGAUGCUGCUAUCUGCAUAGAGCUGGUGUCACCCUUAUUUCCGAAGUACUUCACUGCCAUUGCGUGCAUCUCUGGAGUUUGUAAGUCUAUUGUAGGCGUGGCCGGAGGAGCAACGAGGGCGGCACUGACCAUGCAUCAAGCCAGGAGAGAAAACAUGGCUGACGUAAGCGCCAAAGACGGAAGUCAGGAGACACUGGUCAAUCUGGCAGCGUUAUUGGUUGGCCUGGUCCUUACUCCUAUGGUGGCUGGUAACCCAACGUUGACAUGGUCUCUCUUUUUCCUCUUCACGUUCCUGCACCUCUACUCCAAUUACCGCGCAGUCACCUGUGUUGUCAUGGAAACACUGAAUCAAGCUCGGUUACACAUCAUCAGUCAGGAAUACCUUAGUUCCGUGGACGGUCACAUUAUAAGCCCUGCCGCUGCGAAUGCACAAGAACCGGUUGUAUGGAAACUUUAUCGGCCUCUGAAAGUCAACUUGGGUGCUCAAUUCGGUCAACUUGUUAAAAGCUUGCCUGACAUGGAAAAAUGUCUCCACAGCAACAGGAGCCAGAAAUUCCUGGCGGGCCUAAGCAGAAAAACAGGGUCUAUCAACGUGGUGCUCCAUAGGGAUUGUACCGCAGAUGAUGUCAUCAAGGCCUGCUUCCAGGCUGAGGUAAUGCAACACGCACAGAAGCAUGCAUGGACAGAAAGUCGGAGGUCAGAUCCCAUUGGGGUCAAGCCAGUCUUUUAUCAAGAAAUAAGGGAACUUCUUGCCAAGGGAAGUCGCAUGACCCCAGAUGACUGCUGGGAAGCUGGUCAGGCUCUCCAGCCUGAUCAGCGACAACCUCUUCCCUCAAUUCAUCGCUGAGCUGGAGAUGGCUGGCUGGGUCAUAGGUCAGUCAUUGCUAGGGCCCGACGAGUGGAGGGCGGAGUGGAGCUUGCAAGGCGUGGAAGAAAAGAAAGGCUUUUGAGAAAAAAAAACACUGGGCUGUUGAAGUUGGCAAACUACCACAAAAACGUCAGCUUUGUGGAAAGGAGCCCGUAAGUCAACUUUUAGAGAUGAUGUAAAAAUGAGCAAUACCUUGGCUAAUUAAAUUAGCCCCAGUCUAAAGAGUAGGUUUUUGUAAUGGCAGUGGCUGAUUAAAUUGGCUUUACACAACCAGUAUUUGGCAGAAAGAAAGAAGCAUUGAAACCUUAUAUGACUGCCUACUUCACUGACAUUUUGCCAGAAGUAUUGUGUUUUGACUUCCAUGUUCAUACUGAAUCUCUAUUAACUUCUCCCUAUCUCUCCAAAGGACCUUCAUUGUCUUAAAUUUCCUCCAAAGGUUAUUGGGAUUUUCUGUAUUUGGAGGAAAGUUUCAAAUGUAAUUUGUCCCUCGGUUGGAGUAAUGUUUAUAUUCACUUUUCCUUAUUGUACAAGGUGUGCGUUAGCUAACUGUAAAUAUGCUGGUGCUCCUUACUUUGAAGGCAAGUGUGUCCAAUAUUGACUUCAGUUUAUUUGGUGUGUGCAAGAACUCUCGGGAAGGAACUGAUUUGUCUCCGCUGGAGUGCCAUGCGUAGGCAUUAAAUAGAACGUGUUCUAGUUUCUGUCGCAGACUGCUGGGUAUUCUAACCAGGCAUUUUACUCCAGCAAACAGAUACAGACGUGCGACACUGUUCUCGUGUAACACUGAGUCAACUUAAAAACUUGAAUAUCUCAACACCAAAUCUUCCAUUUGGGUAAAUAUUUGGUUGUACUGAAUUCCAACAAACGUAGAGAUAAAAAUCAUACCAAUUUUUACAAAGAGCAGAAAUAAUAAAACCUUGAAGGAAAUGUAAUUUU